GCCCGUAAGACUAGUUAUCCUUUUUAUCAAAUUUUUUUGCAGUAAGCUUAUGUAAUUUUUUUCUUGUUUUCUAAGCUAAUUGUAUUGUGACGUCAUCACGUUUCGCGCGAGCAGAGCGCUAAAACCGCGCACGCGCGCAGUAGUAUGCGAGCCUUUCUGCUAUUCGCUCUCUGUAUAACUGUUGUUAGUGCUGCUGACUAUGGACCCGACUUUGUUAAAGUGCCUGAGACAAUGGUUAUGUACGGCUAUAACCCCACCCUCCGCGGAUUCUACCGGGGCCGGGUAUUCGGCAAAACUAGCGAGGGGCUGUGGUUCAGAGAGAAGAGUAGCUUCGCCGACGAAUGGCUCAUCAUCAACGAUCGAGAUCUACCCCAUAGACUUAUCCCGGACCUCAGACCCCGCCCUGACUGGGUCUUUGUGAAUUCUAUCGUGAUAGCUAAAUGGAAGAUGCACAUGUGGCAGCCCAGCGUGGUUUGGGAGACUAGACAGACUCUCAUGUCAGACGGCAAGAACAAGCAUUCAUGGAAGAUAGGUCGCGUAUACCAAGAGAUGUAUAAAAAGUUGACGUACGAGCAGCAGUUCGACUGGAAGCCUUUCUGGUUAACUGAUGAGCCUAAAGACAUCGACAAGAUACGACUAUCGGGCGUACAACCCGAGUAUUGGUGCGGAAUACUACAGAGCCCGUGCACGGAUAAACAAAACUGCACAGUAGAAAUUGGCGUUCCCAACUAUCUAAAGUGCAUCGAUAUACCCACCAUGCCUCCUCAGCCACCGACCACUAUCCCUCUACCUACGACCACACCCAUCCGAACCACCAUACCCCCUACCGACCCUGCUACAGACCCUGCUACCGGAGCCCCUCCUACCGACUCCAUCAUAGAGGCAACAGACGAAUCAGGUACUACAGUGGUACCGGAGGAGGCUACAGAGGAAGACCCAGACGAACAAGACCAAGACUUCUCACGCGUUCCGUCUGAGACUAAGCCUUUACGAUCUACGAGUUUCAUCAUUGCAGGCGCUGCCGCUGUCGGGGGAGGGUUUUUGUUGAUCUGUGUGCUCGUGGCCAUUACCUAUCUCAGGAAAAGAAAACUUAAAGGCAAGGAUAUCGAAGCGGAUUCUAAAGAAAACUCGGCCGAAUCCAGCACGAAGUCGAAAAAGAAACACCGUACAGAGAAGAAAGACAGGGAAGGAAGGUCGAAAGAUAAAUCCCAGCGCAGGUCUAAGGAGGACUCCGAGAAGAAGAGAAGGAAACGUCGUGAUGGUAGCCCGUCCAGGAAGAAGACCAAACACGACCAGGAAUAAUAAAUUACGACACUGACAAUCACGAUCUUUCUUGUACAAUGUGUUGUGUCAUGGAUCUCCAUGGCACGAACUCUAGACCCAUGGUCCUAUAGAGUGUGCAGUUCGUUAUUCUGUUUUACUUAAUAACUUCACUUUUUCACUUUUUUUUAUUGUCCCAAUUAGAGACACAAUUUGAGAGAAUGAUGAUCUACAGAGCA